AUGGAAAAUGGAACGAUUUUCCAGAACUUCUUUAACUCGAACUUCACCUCGAAGAACAGCCUGAGUCGGGAGCUCAUGGAAUGGGUGGCCAACCACACCUUCUCGUUCCGUGUGAUCGGCGCCGUUGUGGCAGUCCUCGGCUUCAUAGGCAACGCCCUCGCCAUCGUUGUCCUACAGCGAAAGAGGAUGUGGUGUUCCACAGCCUAUUUCUUAGUUAUCUUGGCCGUCUUCGACAACGUCAUAUUGCUGGUUGCCAUGGUUAAAUGUUUCGCAGCACUGUCAUCAAGACGUUCCGUGGCCGUUAGAGACCUCCAGACGGUCAUGUUCUACCCCGUCAAUUACGUUGCCCAGAGCGGCACUAUUUUCAUGACGUUAAUCGUGACUUUGGAAAGAUACGUCGCUGUAACGAAACCGCUGAAAUCACGAAUUAUAUUCUCUCUGACGUCCGCCAAGAAGAUUUCUUUAGCGGUGUUAAUAUAUUGUUUAGUGUACAAUAUUCCUCAUUACGUAGCUAUUGAUCUUGAGAGCCGUCCAUGGAACAGUACAACGCAUUAUCCUUAUUCGGAGUUCGGGGCAAGUUUAGGCUACAAAGCCGUCUAUUGUGUUUACCUUCAACUGGUGUUCGUGUACAUGUUACCGUGGUUGCUUAUGGUCGUAUUCAAUCUGUUGCUCCUGCAUUCGGUGAGGAAGAUAAAGUUAGUGCGCACUAAUUGUCAUUCCAAAUCAGUGAGCGAUAACGGGAGACGACUAACACUUCCGGUUAUCGCGGUGACGACUGUGUUUUUCCUAGCCUAUCCACUUCCGGCUUUUGAGGACACUAUCUGUAAACGGACCUGUGAGGCAGAUACACGCAUUGUGCUUGAGCUUUUAAGCGAAAUUGCCCGAGUGUUAAAUUCAGCGGCUAAUUUUAUUUUCUACUGUGUCCUUGGGCGUCGCUUCCGGCGGACGUUGUUUUAUCUAACCGGAACUUGGCGCAGGAGAAUGUCGUCCGUUGUGUCACGGAAUUCGGAGAGGGACAGACGAUUCGGUACCAUUUCCAAAUGUACCUGA